AUGGCUCUGAUAAAGUGCGCUGAAGGAGCGGAAUCCACCAAAGUGUGCAGACUGUCAGAUUUACGUGGGCUGUUACCAAUGGAUACUGCAACGCUAGUAAACGUAACACAGGUGCAAGCUUUUGAACUUCAUGUUAACGCCUCCAACUCCUCUUCGUCUACAUCUUCAGCCAUCGACGACCUUUCGAAUCUGGAGGACAGCACAAAGCUUUUUGGAAUACAACUUAUUCUUAUCCUUGCUUACAGCACAAUCAUUUUGUUUGGCGUUAUCGGAAACUCCUUGGUGAUAUAUGUUGUCUACACAUUUAAAAAUUUGAGAACUGUCACCAAUUUCUUUAUUGUGAACUUGGCUAUCGCCGAUUUGCUGGUGAACACGUUGUGUUUACCUUUCACUCUUGUUUAUACGCUGUACGGCGAGUGGAAGUUCGGUCGGGCAUUGUGCUUUUUGUUGCCUUUUGCGCAAGGCGUGGCCGUGCACGUGUCCACCAUCACUUUAAACGUUAUUGCCCUGGAUCGCUACAGGAGCAUUGUCUACCACCUGGAGAGCAGAAUGUCCAAAGACACGUGCACUGCCAUUGUUGUAAUGACAUGGGCACUCAGCGCCCUGUUAGCUAGCCCACUCGCCAUCUUUAGGGAGUACGGGAUGUUGGAACUUACAGCAGACGAAUCCAUUCUAGUGUGUACAGAGAAGUGGCCAGACGGCAGCAUGAAUGGAAGCGUCUACAGUUUAUCGAUGCUUGUAGUUCAAUACGUCCUACCGUUGGUCAUCAACUCCGUCGCCUACAUUGGUAUUUGGAGUAAAUUGAAAAAUUGCACCAGUUUUGGUGCACGAAACGAAAACCAAUGGCGCAGGAAAAGGACCACCGAGAUGCUGGUCACUAUGGUGGUAGUUUUUGCAGUCAGCUGGCUGCCUCUCCAGGCCUUCCAGCUAGCCGCAGACAUCGACGGCAGCAUUCUUGCCAUGAAGGACUUUAAGCUGCUUUUCACCGCGUUCCACAUCGUGGCUAUGUGCUCGACGUUCGUCAAUCCCAUCCUGUACGGCUGGAUGAACAACAACUACAGGGCAGCUUUUUUCUCAGUGUGCAACUGCAAACGGCCUUUCGAUUUGAGGUCAAAACGUUACGAAGUGAGACACACACAAAGAAUUAAAGCUUGUACAACAAACAUCUGAACGGCAGAAACAGUUUAUGAAAAUGUGACCUUUGUGACUGUGUAGGUAAUUUGAUUCGUCAGAGUAAU